ACCUCCGAAUUCUGAAGCAGUGGCAGCUGCCUCUCCAUUUUCACCUCCAAAUCUCAGUCCUGAGUCCUGACUAAGUUCCGGCCGGAGCAGCCCGGCCGGCACCACCGGUAGGACCGGCUCUGGGUCAGUACCGGUUGAAUCUGAUGGCGUUCUGCAAGGACUUCAACGCUCGAACGCAAAAGUACAAGCCAGAUACGCCCAUGGCCGUGACCAUCACCGCCUACAAGGAUAACACCUUCGAUUUUACCGUGAAGUCUCCGUCGGUCACCUGGUACCUCAAGAAGGCUGCCGGAAUCGAGUUAGGCAGUGGCCGCCCUGGUCACGUCGUCGCCUCCAGCGUGACCGUAAAGCACAUCUAUGAGAUUGCGAAGGACUGAGAAGGAUAUCGGGUGGGUUCCCUCACUAUGGUGUGGUAAAGGAUGAUUAUGUUUUGAUCAAGGGGUGCUGUGUUGGGCCA